UUCAUUUGUAUGAGCACAUAGCUUAAACUAGAGGUCGAGAAAAAUGGCGAGUUGGAGGGAGAAAGGGGUGACAAUAAUAGUGUUGGUUGCUUGCUUAUUGCCAGUAUUAUUGGUUGAAUGUCGAGUUCGUCACUACAAGUUUAAUGUGGUGGAGAAGAAUUAUACAAGGCUGUGUUCAACAAAAUCAAUAGUGACUGUAAACGGUAAAUAUCCGGGGCCAACGAUCGUGGCUAGGGAGGAUGAUACCGUGCUUGUCAAGGUGGUCAAUCAUGUCAAGUACAACCUCACCAUUCAUUGGCAUGGGAUCAGGCAGAUACGCACCGGGUGGUCGGACGGACCAGCAUACGUAACACAAUGUCCAAUACAGCCAGGACAAACUUACACUUACAAUUUCACGCUAACCGGCCAACGAGGAACCCUUUUCUAUCAUGCUCAUAUUCUUAGGGCCACUGUCCAUGGUGCCAUUGUUAUAUUGCCCAAACUUGGUGUUCCUUAUCCUUUCCCAAAACCUGAUAAGGAAAAUGUCAUCAUCUUAGGUGAAUGGUGGAAAUCGGAUGUUGAAGCCGUGAUCAACCAAGUACUAAAAUCAGGAUUAGCACCCAAUGUCUCAGAUGCUCAUACAAUUAACGGACAUCCUGGACCUAUUAAGGGUUGUAACUCUCAAAAAUUGUUCAAUUUACAUGUGAAACCGGGGAAGAAAUACAUGCUUCGAAUUAUCAAUGCCGCACUCAAUGAAGAACUUUUCUUCAAGAUAGCCGGCCAUCAUCUCACUGUCGUCGAAGUCGAUGCCACCUACGUUAAACCCUUCAAAACAGACACUAUUGUCAUAUCACCAGGCCAAACCACUAAUGUGAUCCUUGAGGCCAAAACUAAAGUAAUGGGCAAGUACUUGGUCGUAGUAUCACCCUUUAUGGAUGCACCUAUCCCAGAGGAUAACGCAACCGGCUUGGCCACGGUUCGUUACCCUUCAUCAAGGUCCGCGGCCUUAUCCACCACCCUCACCGCGCCACCACCUAUCAAUGCCACUCGAGUGGCUGAUAACUUCACCAAUUCCCUUCGAGCCCUUAACACGAAAGAGUUCCCGGCUAAGGUGCCACAAAAAGUUUAUCACAAAUUAUUAUUUGCAGUUGGUUUAGGUGUUAACCCUUGCUCAACUUGUGUAAAUGGGUCUAGGGUGGUAGCAGAUAUUAACAAUGUUACAUUUGUUUUACCAACAAUUUCUCUUCUACAAGCACAUUACUUUAACACGAGUGGUGUAUUCACGGAUGUUUUUCCUCCAAACCCUCCUACACCAUUUAAUUACACCGGCAAUCAGGUUACAAAUCUCGGUACCACGACCGGGACUAGAGUGUAUAGGCUUCCUUAUAAUGCAACAGUUCAACUUGUGUUGCAAGAUACCGCGAUUUUAACUCCGGAGAACCACCCGUUCCAUUUGCAUGGAUUUAAUUUCUUCGUCGUUGGGAAAGGUGUGGGAAAUUAUAACCCUAAGAAGGAUCCAAAGAAAUUUAAUCUCGUCGAUCCUGUUGAAAGGAACACCAUUGGAGUACCAUCAGGUGGAUGGGUUGCUAUCAGAUUUAGAGCCGAUAAUCCAGGGGUUUGGUUCUUGCAUUGCCAUUUGGAGAUUCAUACAACAUGGGGGUUAAAAAUGGCAUUCUUGGUGGAUAAUGGCGAAGGACCACAUGAAUCUUUGAUACCACCUCCAAGCGAUUUUCCCAAGUGUUAAUGAGUCAAAUUUCCUAACUUUCUUUACUUUUUACUCAGUAUAAAAUAAGGUUAUACUUCCUCUAUCCUAUUAAUAUCGUUGUAUGUAUCCCAAAAAAAAAACUCUCAAAAAUUGGUCAUAUCACCAUUCUUAGUAGGACAAAGAUAGUACACGAUUCUUUUAUUUGUUUAAUUUCCUUGUGAGAAGCCACAUGAACACGGGGAAAAAACGAUGGAGAAGAUUUCCAUGAAAUUUUUAGUAUUUUUGAGCAAGCUUAGCAAGAGCAAGUGCCUAAAUGUGUAGGUCCUCCUCAAAACCAUGGAAGCUUGAAUAUUCAGAAGAGUAUGUUGAAUAACAUUGAGCAUGAAUUUGGAUCCAUAGAUUUAGUUCUUGAUGUAUGCGCGCCAGUAACUCGCAAAGGAAAAUUACAAUAUUGUUGUCUUGACUGGUCAUGUCAUGAUACUAAGGAGCUGUGUUGUGAAGAUUAUUACGAUGGUGUUGGCUAAAUUAGUGGAAAUUAUGCUUCAAAGUUGUUGUUUGACUUUUCUAUUUUUAACAUGCUUAGGAUUUCCAGUUUAUUUUCCUAAGACUUAGGAGUAAGUAUCGUAACGUGGGUAGUUUAAUAUUCCCACUUUCUUUGCUUUCUUUUAGCUUUAGUCAGUUGUAAUGGCCUUAUAUAAGGCUUCUUUAUCUUCAUUAAUAUAUGCAAGCAAUAUCUUAUUAUUCUAUUAAUUUACUCUAAUACUUUUAUCUGAUGGUGGUUGUACCAAAGCAUAAAUAAUGGAGUAGUUAUGUUUGUACGAGUAAUAAGAUUAUUACGAUGGUUGGUUUUCUUGGCGCGGAUGAAGUCGCCUUUAAUUUUGUUGAAUCUCCUUUUUCCGAUUGUCUUCUGUCGUCAACACUCCUGUUUGUGCCCUUUCCCAUCCUUUUCUCUGAUUGCGUUUUUUUGGUUGGAUUUAUCAAUAUCAAUUUCUAGGCCUAUUAAGAUUUGGAUUUAUAAAAUUUUUGUUUAAUUAUUUUAUUCGAUUCUAAUUUAGUUCAGAUUUCAAAGCUUUUGGCGCUAAUACAAUUUCUGAAUAUUUGUGCCAUGAUUUGAUCAACUGUUAAAUCAUAAUUACUAAUUUCUGGGAUUUGUAAAGGAUUUGAUCAAAUCAUAUUUAUUGAUAUUGUUUAUAGUUAGCAAUCCCUUGAUUUACUCUUUA